GCGGCGAGGGCGAGCUCAGGGCGGCCGCGAGCCCCGAUCGGCGCCCGGCCGAGCACCGGGCCUCGAGUCUCGCCAUGUCGGUGAACAUGGAGGAGCUGCGGCACCAGGUCAUGAUUAACCAGUUCGUGCUGGCCGCGGGCUGCGCGGCGGACCAGGCGAAGCAGCUGCUGCAGGCGGCCCACUGGCAGUUCGAGACCGCCCUGAGCACGUUUUUCCAAGAAACCAACAUUCCCAACAGUCACCACCACCACCAGAUGAUGUGCACUCCCAGCAACACACCUGCCACGCCCCCCAACUUCCCUGAUGCCCUGGCCAUGUUCUCCAAGCUUCGCACCUCCGAGAGCCUGCAGAGCGGCAACAACCCCAUGACGGCCGUGGCCUGCUCCCCCCCUGCAAACUUCAGCCCCUUCUGGGCCUCAUCCCCUCCCAGCCACCAGGCGGCCUGGAUCCCACCCUCCUCCCCGACGGCCCACAGCUUUCACCACCUCCACCACCCACAGCCCACGUGGCCCCCCGGAGCACAGCAGGGGGGUGCCCCGCAGAAAGCCAUGGCGGCAAUGGAUGGCCAGAGAUGAGACUGGAUGCCGCCGGGCGGGCGCUGGGGGGUGCUCAGGGCU